CUACUACAAGCCAGUCAGUGUGCAAGCAUAGUGUUAUUCCAUAUCGAAGUUCGAGCGAACGCGCGCGCCCCUCACACUCCGUAUUGUGGAUUCAGUGGUGGUGCGAAGUGGUCGUGUUGAUCAAAGUGAUAUAUAUUUUGCUGCCUCCUUUCGCGGUGUCCGAUAAGUAGGCCUUGCGCUUAAAUUUUACUGUUUAAGCUUGCAACAAAGAGUCAGAGCCUACCUUGAUCCAAAGAUCAAUCAAGCAUCACGAGGACGGCACCCAAAUGAGCUCUUUUUUCGAUUUAUUCGAUCCGACGGCCUCCUCUUCGUCGUCGGAGGCAACUGAUCUGAAUGGCAAUAGCACCAGUAGCAUAAGCAGCAGCAGCAACACCAGCAACGAUGACGACGAAGAUGACAUGUUUCUGUCGUACGAAGAGCUGCUCAUCAAGAAGGGUGGUAGUCAGAAGCGGUCGGUUGCGAUUCCCCCUCGGUUACAGAACCACGCACCUUUCGUGCAGCACCAGCAAUACUCAUCGUCCUGUUCGCCGGUGAUCGAUUUCGAUCUGGACAUUCUUCCGCCGGAGCCCCAGCUUGGUAACAUCGAGUACAAACUGAAGCUAAUCAACCCGUCGAAGCAGCGAUUCGAGCACCUGGUGACGCAAAUGAAGUGGCGCCUUCGGGAAGGAAACGGCGAAGCGAUCUACGAGAUUGGAGUUUCCGAUUCCGGUCAGCUGCACGGCCUGAGUGACGCGGACAUGACCUGCUCGUUGCACACCCUGAAUCAAAUGGCGCGGAAGUUGGACGCUUCGACGUCCGUGUUGCGGCGAAAGGCGUUGAGUGCUGGACGAUCGGUGGUGGAAGUGCUGGUCCGGAAGAUUCCGGAUGACCAGCAUAACAUUGAAGUAAGGGUCGCUGUUUUGGGUGGGGCAGAUGCCGGUAAAUCUACGCUUCUUGGGGUGCUGACUCAGGGGGAAUUUGACAACGGAAGAGGACGGGCGAGAUUGAAUAUGUUCCGACACAUGCACGAAAUCCAAACCGGGCGGACAUCCUGUAUAUCCCACGAAACCUUGGGAUUUGAUCAGCAGGGCAAUGUAAUCAACUACAAGUACAAUGAAAUGAUGACGGCCGAGGAGAUUAGCGACCGAUCAACGAAGUUGGUCACCUUCAUGGAUCUGGCUGGACAUCGACGGUAUCUGAAAACGACGGUGCAGGCCCUGUCCGGAUAUUCUCCGCAUCACGCUAUCCUGGUGGUAGGUUCUGGCAGCACCAUCAGCAACAUGACACAGGAGCAUCUCGCCAUCGUACACGCCCUGGAUAUGCCCUUCUCGAUAGUUGUGACCAAGUGCGACUUGAUCCCGCCGGAUGACGUGCUGUUCGAGCUGAAAACCCUUUUGACUGCCGUUGGCUAUCGGAAAGUGCCAUAUCUAAUCGCUAACGAAGACGACGUCCUGAACGCCAACGCCCACCAAAACGUCGAGCAAAUCGUUCCCAUUUUCUGUGUUUCAAAUGUGACUGGCGACGGGCUGGACCUGUUGACCAAGUACCUCUACGUCCUCUCUCCAGGGAUUAGCAACUCCGAAAAGGAGCGCCUCGAACAGGAACCGAUCGAGUUUCAAAUUGACGAAAUUUUCAAAGUGGCCGAAGUUGGUCUGGUAGUCGGGGGAUUACUCUGUAAGGGAGUAAUCACCGAGAACGUUCCGGUGCGGAUUGGGCCCCAGCUGGAUGGAACCUUCUUGCCGGUCACGGUGCAAACCAUCCAUCGCAAUAAGGCCCCUUGCCGGGUGGUGCGAGCGGGGCAGAGUGCUUCGUUGUCGUUCUACCCCGGCGACGAUAUGCCGCCACUGCGCAGGGGAAUGGUUAUUCUUCCGGACUAUGAAGAGGAAGACACCGCCUAUGGGUCGUACUUUUUCCAGGCCCGCGUAUCGGUUCUCUUCCACGCCACCAGUAUCUACGAAGGCUUCCAGACGACGAUGCACAUCGGAAGCAUCCGACAGACGGCUGUGAUCGUGGGCAUCAUGGGGCAGACCGAUGGCAUCCGUACCAAUCAGACGGCAUCGGUGAUGUUCCGGUUCGUGCGGCACCCGGAGUACGUACGACCGGGAAUGCGGGUACUGUUCCGCGAGGGCACCAGCAAGGGAAUCGGAAAAGUGACACAGGUAUUUCCGCUGAAUCAGAAGGUAAAGUAAAUUUGGAAGAACGAUUCGAUUGUACGUUCUAAGAAACGUACCGUAAUUUGCGAGAAAAAGUCAACACUAGUUAUAUAUUUUUUAAAACUGACUUAAAAAUUUGUGUAAAUAGCAGCAAAAAAAUUGAAACUGUGAUUUAUUAAUUUUAACCUAGGUUUUAAUGAGAGAAAGACAAAGUUCAGUUUAAAGCAGUCCUGAACGUGCUCGGAAAACGGUGUGACUGCGCAAUAAUGAUCGAUCAGUACUAAACAUACAUAGUAACUAUACUAUAUCCUUUUAAAACAAAUUGCCGUUCACAGUACCUACUUAGAAGCGAAAACUCUUGAUGUAUGAAUUUAGCAACGCUAUGGGAAUUUUGAAUUCUGCACCUUCCUGAUCUGGAUCUGACAGACCACGAGAAGUGCGUGUGUGUUUAUAAAGUUUCGAAUAAAUUCACAGAGAAAACAAAUUUA